ACUUUCUCACAACAGAAAUUGCACCACCCUCUUCCCGCUCCCUCGCCCGUAAUGAACUUUCCUGGAUAUUUUCGAGGGCUGCAACUCACCGGCGGAAAGAAAGUUAGACACUGACUGAAGCAGUUUGGGGCCCAAUCAAUGCGUUUUCUUUUAUCUAUUUGACACAAUCGACUCCGUUGUUUCUAUGCACUGAAAUUGACACUGACACUUGAGGAUGAUUGUUAUUUUUCCAUUUAAAUCGUAAAAAAACGAGACUCUAACCUGGGUCAGCAGCGAAGCAGCGACGACAGCGUUCUAACUUACACUGGAUUUGAAGCUAACAAUGAAGGUAUCGUGCGUAUUGCAAACCUGCACAUUACUCCUGCUGUCACAGGGACAGACGAUUACAGCUGAGGAAGAAAAGACUGUCUCAAAAGCACGCAUUAAUCCUUGUUGCUACUAUCCAUGUCAGCAUAUGGGAAUCUGCAUAAGAUAUGGGAUGGACAGUUAUGAAUGUGAUUGUACCCGCACUGGUUACUAUGGAGAGAACUGCACUAUUCCGGAAUUGUGGACCAGAGUUAAGCUCAUCCUGAAACCAAGUCCUGAUGCUAUUCACUAUAUCCUCACCCACUUCCACUGGCUCUGGAACAUCAUCAACAGCACUAGACUGCGGGACUGGCUCAUGCGGAUUGUCUUGACUGCAAGAUCCGAUCUUAUACCAAGUCCUCCAACAUACAACUCUAAGUAUGGAUACCUGAACUGGGAAUCAUACUACAACACCACCUAUUACACGCGUAUCCUGCCACCUGUGCCAGAAGACUGCCCAACUCCUAUGGGUGCUAAAGGUAAAACGGAACUUCCAGACCCAAAAAUGUUGGUGGAGAGAUUUAUGCUUCGGGAUCAUUUCAAGCCUGACCCUCAGGGAAGCAACCUCAUGUUUGCCUUCUUUGCCCAACAUUUUACUCAUCAGUUCUUCAAAACCCACAACAGAAUGGGAUUGGCAUUCACAAAAGCCUUAGGUCAUGGGGUGGAUGCAGGACACAUAUAUGGGGAUAAUCUUCCCCGGCAGCUGAAUCUUAGGCUUCUCAAAGAUGGAAAGUUGAAAUACCAGCUGCUGAAUGGUGAGAUGUACCCACCAACAGAAGCCAUGGCAAAGGUUAACAUGAGCUACCCUCCAUCUGUGGCCCCGGAGAACAGACUGGCAAUUGGACAGGAGGUUUUUGGGCUCCUGCCAGGCCUCAGUUUGUAUGCCACGCUAUGGCUGCGUGAACACAACCGUAUCUGUGACAUCCUGCUUGAAGAACACCCCACCUGGGACGAUGAACAACUUUUCCAGACUGCCCGUCUCAUUGUUAUUGGUGAGACAAUCAGGAUUGUGAUUGAAGACUACGUCCAACAUCUAAGUGGCUAUCUACUUCAUCUGAAGUUUGACCCAGAGCUACUGUUUGGUUCCCAGUUCCAGUACCAGAACCGCAUAGCUUUGGAAUUCAACCACCUGUACCACUGGCAUCCUCUCAUGCCUGAUAGCUUCCACAUCGAUGGUGAUGAGAUUCCUUACUCCCAGUUCAUCUUCAAUACGUCCGUUCUCACCCACUAUGGGGUGGAGAAGCUUGUCGAGGCUUUCUCCCUGCAGCAGGCUGGACAGAUAGGUGGCGGUAAAAAUAUUCAUCCUAUUAUAAUUAGUGUGACGGAGAGUGUUAUUCGAGAAGCGAGAGAACUCCGUGUGCAGCCUUUUAAUGAGUACCGCAAACGCUUCAACCUGGAGCCAUAUACAUCAUUCUUUGAUUUAACUGAAAAUGAAGAGACUGCACGUGAGCUGGAAGAACUCUAUGGGGACAUAGACGCCCUGGAAUUUUACCCUGGACUUUUACUGGAAAAGCCUCGUCCAGGUGCGAUAUUUGGUCAGAGCAUGGUAGAGAUGGGCGCGCCAUUUUCCUUGAAGGGUCUGUUGGGAAAUCCAAUAUGUUCUCCCGAUUAUUGGAAACCCAGCACAUUCGGUGGCACGACAGGUUUUAACCUUGUCAAUUCCGCCUCGCUUGAAAGGCUGGUGUGUCUGAACAGUAAGCGGUGUCCCUAUGUAGCAUUCAGUGUUCCCUCUCAAUCACACUCUGAAACACAAGAACGGCCAUCUUCUUUGAAGCCUGAACUGUAGGACCGGUGGUAAUACAUACCGUGCAUCACCGAUCAAAGAUCAUUUCUUUAUACCAACACAAUAAAGCACAUAAUGGUUUUCACUCACAAUUUCACAAUCUCAGAACAAUAUGUUUUUAUUUUUUCUUUUCUCCAUCAGAACAAUUCAAUAAAUGCACUGCAAGGAAUGUGAUAAUGAUUGGCCAGUCUUGCUGUUCAACUAGUCACUGGUUUACACAUAGACCUUAAUACAUGUUCUUAUUAUUGAGGGCUAUAUUGUAAAAUAUGUCAGAAGAAUGAUUUUGAAAAAUACAUGUCAAUAUAUAACUCA